GGGAUAUCUUCAUUUAUGUUCAUGUCUUCAUCUCAUGAAUAAUAUAAUCGGAUUUUGUAUUUCCUGGCACUUGUUUCUUGCGGCAUCAUUGAUUUUCUGAACGGGUUCAUGGAAAUCCAAAUCUCUUUCCGAGGCAUCCAGGAGAGGACAACAAGGAAGCAUUUCCAACUGAUAGUGGCUCAACUAGAAAGUCCAGAAACGUGCUUUUGAUUCCAUUUUUUCAUUUUGAUUUUGUCAACAACAUUUAUGUCAUGUUCCUUUCGCCCCCCUCGGAAGAAGCACUUGCUCAGUGCAAUAUGACCAUGAUUGCGCCGAGCCCAGAUGCUGGCCCUGCAGCUCUUGAUGCUACCAGGAAAUGCGGCUCGCAGCUACGAACAACUCAAGCGACGUCCAGCUCCUGCUUGCAAGCUGCAAGCAGCUCAUCUCCUUCUACUAGUUCAGCACUGACAAUGACCCCGACGCCCGCAGCUGGUGGGACGUCGCCCCCGUGCUGCUUACGGAAAAUUCGAAUUUGCAACAUCACUGGAAAACCGAUCGAGAAGCUUGUCGAUCCAACAAAGGUGGUGACUGUUGGCGACUUGUCGUCUUACGACCUGAUUUCCGACUUUUUCGAUGAGGACCAGUUGCUGCCCCCACUGCACCGGCUGGCAUGGCUGGAGGUUGUGGACGACGAGGAGGGGGACGACGAGAACGGACGACACGAUGCACACGUCGGUGCUGGCGAGGACGUCCUCCCGGGAUCGUGUUGCAGUGCGAGUGCUGACGCUUUUGCGGUGAAUGUUGACGACGCAUCCCUUGCGGACGGUGAUUGUAAGCCGGAACAAAGCCUAAGCCAUGAUGACGUAGUCGAGGAGUGUUCGCAUUACAAGACGGCAGAUGUUGAGCAACAGGAACAACACCCGCAGGAGUUUCUCGACCCUCAGGCGCUCAUCGACUACGGGAGCGUGGACGACGAGCCGGCGUUUUCAACAACAACUGUACCAAGCAGGGUGGUUCUUGACCGGGUUCCCUCUUUUCAGUUCGUCAUCACCGGGCCUGAAGAAAUUGAUUCGGACAUCUUUGCUCCAAGAGCGACUUCACGACCAGGACUGGACGAAAACAAAUCACCUCAAGCUCAGGAUGAAGAAGACUGGUGUGAAUGGAAAAGCCGAGUGGCGCGCAUUCUCGGACAGUUUACGAUGGAGCAGGCACGUAGUUUCUUAUACGAUCAAGGAUGGAACGAAAUCAUUACGCACGCCCAGCACCACUACGCCCGAUUUACCGAAGAUAAGGAGAGGCUUUACGGAUAUCACGGUCAUCUCUUUUGGCUCCCCUGUGGGUUGGAAGAAUAUCAGUAUCAGUGCGAAAGGCGCAAGACUCCCGGCUUUCCAUGCCCUGACAGGUACCAACCAGCGGACGAACCGGGUCGGGUCCCUUUGACCCUUCUCAUCGCAGUUUUUGAAUUGCCAGAACCAGAGUGGGCGAAGCAUGCGAGAUCAUCUUCAACCUCGACCACUUCGAAGCCUGGCGUGGACAGGUGGUUUGUGUGGUCCCAGAGAGCACAGUUCGCGACCGAAAUACGGAUUCGAUUUUUUUACAUCCAGGGCAUCACGUACUGGGCGACCUCAACACAAGAAGAGAUUGACACGAGCCUCGAAAGUGAUCCACCGCAAGAGAGCAAGCUCCUUGAUGCGCUCGCCGACAAAGUCAUCAGCAUCUCGAACAUGACUCCUUGCGAAGCGGCGGAACAGGUAGCUGCUGCUGCUGUGCUGCCGGGUUGGCCGGAAGAUGCCGUGAAUGAACAGGCGCUGCGACGAGGGAUCCGCGCGGUGGUGCGAAAUUUGCUGUACCGGUCUGGUGAUGAAGCUCGCAUAGAAAGCAGCCAGGAAAUACAGCAAUUCUGCAAGGCUCUAGAGCACAGCGAUAGGGCAUUUGGACCCGAGGCGAUAGCUCAUCAUUGUGCGCAGGCCACUCUCAACUGGGUAAACGAAUUUUUGUGGACGGAUUACUGGGGCGAAAACGAAGGUCCUCCAUCCGAUCCCGAAAAGGCGUAUCGCAAACGCACACAGGAGAUGCUUGACCGCACUCACAGUGUUGUUGACACCAUUCUCUACAACAUUCAAUACAUUGUACAGAAGAUGGUAUGGCCCCUGCUCGUCCGUCCGGACGCACUUGGUUUGGAAGUUGGUGCAGCCCCCUGUGUCGUGGCGGACGCUUUCGUGCUGUCUCGGAAAAAGGGCGAGGCCAAGAAAGAGGCCCAAAGCCAUACAGAGACCGCCUCGACUGGACCACCUCCAGUACCUGUGGAAGAACGACCCCCUGCUUUUGAGGAGCGCAUUCGCAGUCCAGCACGUGACGGCGAAGCUAGUGAUGCUGGCGAACCAGAUGAACGAACAACUUCUGAAAGAACUACAAGAAUACUAGACGUCGUUGUCUAUGACUUCACGGCCUUAAACGACCGCCUCCAUAUACUUCGCCAUGAACUCUCCGUCAAGAAUGGGCCACGAAAUAAAGUAUUCCAAGAACUCGGCAUCCCGCAGCGGUGGCGCGCGGAACUUGAAGAAAUGGAGAGUGAUGCCGAAUUCGUUGCCGAACAUGGAAAGCCGCCACUGCCAUGGGCGGGUAUCGAGGAUCUCUUUGCCAUCGGUGCUAAGCCCAUUGCAGACAACAAGCAUUAGUCCUUUCUUGCGAUCGCUUGUUCAUGAUCAAUCCGUGUUGAAAUUGCUCAAAGCGACCAAAG